CCGGAAGUGGAGGUUUCCAUGGUAACCCCUGAGCCGGUUGCCUGGGAGAUGACCCCUUUUGGGUCUCUCUGAGUCUCGGCGGCAGCGUCACCUCGAAGGCAGAGCUAACAUCCUGGUGUGUGUGUGUGUGUGUGUCUCCUGCCAUGAUUCCCGGGAAGUACCGCUCUGUGUCGGGCCGGGCUGCGAACAACGUGAACUGUGGGCUUCAUCUGGUUAUUCAAACGUCAACACUUCCUGAAAAGAACAAAACUGAAUUCAGGUUCAGUAGAGACACAUCACCAUUUCCUGGCAGACUCUUACAACAUGACCUUGAAAGGAACUACUCAAGUAGACAAGGUAUUGCCAGAGAUGGAAGAGUAAUAAGUCCUUCGCCUCGUAAUAAGUCAUCAUUCAUCUCAUCCACAACAAACGUGACAGAACUAUAUGGGCUGGAUAUGAAAACCACCACAAGCUCCUUUUCAGCAUUUGGAGACUGUUCCAUUCAGACACCUUUCAAGUCCAGACUCCGGCAGGGCUGUCACAGUGCUGGCCCAAAUGUAUCUGGUGAUCAUAUUAAUUUGGUGAGCUCAUCACUGCCAUCAUUUCCUAUUCUCCAGCGUUCUUCUGAAGAGAAAAGUCUUUACUCAGACAGGUUAACCCUAGAAAGGCAAAAGCUGACUGUGUGUCCUAUCAUCGAUGGGGAAGAACACCUUCGCUUGUUAAACUUUCAACACAAUUUUAUAACUCGGAUCCAAAACAUUUCCAAUCUACAGAGUCUAAUAUUCUUGGACUUAUAUGACAACCAAAUUGAAGAAAUAAGUGGGCUUUCUACUCUGAGAUCCCUCCGUGUCCUCUUGCUGGGAAAAAACAGGAUUAAGAAAAUCUCAAAUCUGGAGAAUCUGAAAAAUUUAGAUGUCUUGGACCUUCAUGGAAAUCAGAUUACAAAAAUUGAAAAUGUCAAUCAUUUGUGUGAUUUGAGAGUUUUAAACCUUGCCAGGAACUUUUUAAGCCAUGUUGAUAAUUUGCAUGGGCUGGAUUCUCUAACUGAACUGAACCUGAGACACAACCAGAUCACGUUCGUGAGAGAUGUGGAUAAUUUGCCCUGCCUCCAACGUCUGUUUCUCAGCUUCAACAAUAUAUCGAGUUUUGACAGUGUUUCCUGCCUUGCUGACUCCACUUCCCUCUCAGACAUCACUUUUGAUGGCAAUCCACUAGCUCAAGAGUCAUGGUACAAACACACGGUCCUGCAGAAUAUGACGCAGCUGCGCCAGCUCGAUAUGAAGAGAGUCACGGAAGAAGAAAGGCGUGUGGCAUCUGUUGUAGCCAAAAAAGAAGAGGAGAAGAAAAGGGAAAGUCAAAAACAGUCUUUGCUGAAGGAGAAGAAGAGAUUAACAAUUAACAAUGUAGCUCGAAACUGGGACCUGCAGCAACGAGUGUCCAAUAAUGCCAUCAAUGCAGAUAGAAAAGAUUGUGCUUCUCCUCCUCGGGACUCCUGUCAGCUCGACGGAAGCACCACCUCUUCACUGCCAGCAGAAACAGGGUCUCUAGACUCAGGACUCACCAGUGCUUUGCAGGGUUUGUCUGUCACAGACACACACCUGGUCGAGAUAGAAGGGGACACCCUCUCCCUGUACGGCUCUGGAGCCCUAGAAUGUCUGGACCGGAACUGGAGCCUGCAAACCGCAGGCAUGGUCACAACCAUCUCCUUCACCUUCAUUGAAUUUGAUGAAAUUGUCCAAGUGUUUCCCAAAUUGAAGAUCAAGUUUCCUAAUUCUCUGCACUUGAAGUUCAAGGAGACAAACCUUGUGAUGUUGCAGCAGUUUAAUGCCCUGGCACAGCUUCGCCGCGUCGACCAGCUGACAGUUGAUCCGCAGGGCAAUCCCGUGGUCAAUUUCACACUCUGGAAAUACUAUGUUCUGUUCCGGCUGAGCCAUUUCAGUAUGCAGAAAAUAAACGGAACGGAGGUGACACAAAACGACAUGAUAAUGGCUGAAAGGCUCUUUGGAAUCCUAGCGCACGUAGCAUCUUCUGAGUUACCUCAGUACCGUAUGAUUUCAAUUCUAGGCGAUGCCAGGAGAAAACAAUUCCGAUAUCUACUAGAAACCAAAGGGAAAAAACCUGGCAUCGCCAGUGAAGAGAAUAAUGACAGCAAAAGGGUCAUGGGAGAAAACACAAACCGCGCCACACUGAACUACACCACGAAGGAAUGGCACAAUGAAAAGUUAGAGGAAAUAAAGGAAAAAAAGAAAUUCUGUCAGAUGUAUGUAGAAGACCUUGUGAAGGAAGCCACAGACAUCAAUAUGAAAAAUGAAGCUUUGCAGAAACUGUGGCCACAAAUGUUCAUUGAGCUCGUCAGGGAUGCGGUCAUAGAAAUCCGCAAUAAGAACACCUACAUGAAGGUCUGCCUGCAGCAAAUAACGGACCAGAAAUAAGAGCAUGCGCCCAGGGACGGUGGACUUGAGCAGUUUUCUUUUGGAAAGGCUGGAAAUACGUAGGUGGAAUGUGCCUGCCCAGACAACUGCAGCGCUGCCCCCCUCACCAGGAGGAGCAGCAGCAGAGCUGCCCUCUCCAAGGACGGGGCAGCAGGAGAGACGAGGCGUCACGUAUGCAUGCUGACCAGACACCUGUGGAAACCCAGCUCCCUCGCGGUGUCUGGGCUCCCUCAGCUCCAGGUGCCGGCGGGAGCCCAAAGCACGCAGAAUUUGCUGGCAGGACUCGCUUCUACCCACUUCCUGCUGCUAAUUUUCAUUUAUUGCCUUUUUAUUUUAUGUCAUGAUUUCAAAACUAAAAAAUAUGUUCUUUUUUAUGAGUGAAGAAUAAACAAUACCUUAGUUACAAAGA